AUGACGGGGAAGGUUCCCUCAUUCUCCCCCGGCUCCACAGUGAGCUCCGCUCUGCCCAGCUACGUCGCUCUCUGCCUCACUCUACUGGUUCACAGACUGGCAUCAGCACAGUUCACAGUGACUGGACCUAACCGUCCAAUCACUGCCUCCAUAGGGGGGGAGGCCAUCCUGCCCUGCCACCUCUUCCCCAGGAUAAGCGCGGAGGACAUGGAGCUGAGAUGGUUCCGAUCCAAGUUCUCUCCAGCUGUGCACCUGUACCGUGAUGGGCAGGAUCAGUACGGAGAGCAGAUGCCAGAAUAUCGAGGAAGAACUGAGCUUUUGAAAGACGACAUCACCAAUGGGAGCGUUUCCCUGAGAAUACGCAAUGUCCGACCCUCCGACGAUGGGCAGUACGUGUGUUUUUUUUUUCAGUCCAGUAUCUCUUAUGAAGAUGCUAUAUUGGAACUGCAGGUGGCAGGUUUGGGCUCUGCUCCUGCCAUCUCUGUGGAGGGACAUCAGGACGGAGGGAUCCGGGUUGCGUGUCGAUCAGCCGGAUGGUACCCAGAGCCCAAGGCUCAGUGGAGAGAUCUCCAGGGGCAGCUCUUACCAUCAGCCUCUGAAAAAAUAUCCCCUGAGGCCGAUGGCCUGUUUCAAACAGAGGUUGCUAUUGUUCUAACAGAAGAGUCCAACCAGAAAGUGUCCUGCUCUGUCAGGAACCCCCGACUCAACCAGGAGAGAGAGUCAGCGAUUUCCAUAGCAGAGCUGUUUUUCCCGAGGGCCAAUCCCUGGAUGGUGGCUCUGGGUGUGAUCCUGGCUCUUCUGGCUGUUCUCAUUGGCCUGGCCAGUUACUGCUUCUGGAGGCAACACAGAGCGAAAGGUGAAGUAAUGAGAGGGGGGAACUUGGUGAGAGAGAGAGAGAGACCAAAACCAAAACCAAAAUUAGAGAUACAGAGAUUAAGAGGCUAUGAUUCAAUGUUUGGAGGAGUUUCAGGCAAUGGGAGCCGGGUGGAGGGGGAGCUGAAUAAAUUAUGA